AUGAAAAAAAUUAUAUUCUAUAAUUGUAAUGAAAGCGAAGACAAUAAAGAAAAUGGUUUUUCAAAAAUUUCAUAUUAUGAUGAUCUUUUGGAUAUUAUUAAAAUACGAUUGAAUUCAAUGAUGGUUAUAAAAAAUGUAAAUAAGGUUAUUCAAAAUUGUCAAAAAGAAGAAAUUGAUAAAUCUUCUUUAAAAGAUUUCAAAAAAAUAAUCGUGAUGCUUUAUUACGAUCUUCAAAUUGCAGAAUCUAUUGGAAAAAGAUCUGAUAAAUAUAAAAUAUUUAUCUAUAUUGUCGAAAAAUUUUCGCUAAAAAAAUCAAAAGAAUUAAUGACUUCAGCUCAACUUCGAUCAAGAAUUACUAGCCGUAAUUCAUGUAACCAAAAAACUGGAAAAAAUCAUAAUUGA